AUGAGGCUGAGUACGAAGCAUGUCUCUCAGGUCUCAACAUACGAAAGAGGAGCAACUAAAUUAGACGUAAUCGGCGACUCUAAUCUGGUUAUAUCCCAAGUUAACGGAACAUGGCAUGUACGAGGAGAAAAUCUCAAACCUUAUCACACUUUCCUACUCCGUUUUAUUUACAAGUUCGAUCAUGUGUCUUUUGUACACGCCCCAAGAGGCCAAAAUCGCUUUGCCGAUGCUUUGGCCACGCUAGCAGCUAUGACCCAAAUUCCUGUUGGAAUUAAGGUCAAACCUAUGAUGAUCCGUCAGAAACGAAAAUCCAAUUUUGAAGUUGGAGUGGUAGCCUCCGUUCAAGUGUCCACCAAACCAUGGUUCGAUAUCCUUCAAAACUACAUUGUGUAUGGAGAAUAUCUGUCCCACUUCCGAGCUAAGGAACGAAGAGCCCUGCACCAAUAUUCCACCAACUAUGCUUGGAUACUAACAAACUAUACAGACGAUCUUUUGAUGGUCAAAACAUGCAUUGCGUCAAUGGUCCCGAGGCACGAAGGAUCAUAG